UGUUCAGUCUGUAUGAGACUAUAAAUUAUUAUUAAUUUAUUGUAUAAUUUAUUUAUUUAGUUAAAAAUAUAACAUAGUAGUUUUUCAAAAUGUUUAGACAGGCAUUUAUUCUGUGCUCAAUUCUGGUAUGUUUUGGGCAAAUAAAUUGUGUAUUGAAUCCGAAAGUCAUUUGUUAUUAUGAAGAUUGGUUCUAUUGGCGUACCGGUGAUGGUAAAAUGACCGUCCACGAUGUUGACAACACUCUGUGCACACAUAUGGUGUACGGCUAUCAGGGUAUCGAUAGGGACAGUACUAUCAAACUGGCCGACGAGUACCUCAUGAAGACAUUGCACGAUUUGGACAACUUCUCGAAAAACAAGGGCAAAGGCCAGGCGUUGGUGGCCAUCGGCGGUUGGUCACUGUCGGGCGGUUUCACCCAGGUGGUGUCCACCGACUCGGACAUCCGUACGUUCACCAAUAGUAUUAUGUCAUUCCUGAGCACAUAUAACUUCGAUGGAGUGAUGUUGGACUGGACACCAAAGGGUGCGUUCACUUCCAGCGAAAACGACGGGUUCGUCAAACUGUUGAGCAGUAUUCGCACCGCUUUCGGCGCCAAAUACACACUCGGUAUUACUGUCUCGCCGGUGGUCACCGGUCUCAGCGUUGAUCGCGUCGAUCAAUAUGUGGACAUCAUUGCCGUCCAGACAUACGAUAUGCACGGCUCGUGGGAGAAACAGGUGGGCAUCGGUGACCCGGCCACCUGGACCCUGGAGACUAUGAGACAGUGGUAUAAGGACGGUGCCAGCAUGACCAAGCUUAUUGCCACAAUCCCGCUGUACGGCCACACCUGGAUCCUCGCCGACCCCAACAAGUAUGACAUCGGAGCCGAGGCUACCGGACCCGGCAAACAGGGGCCGUGGAGUCAGCAAGAUGGUAAAUUGGGCUACAAUGAGUUCUGUAUGGAAGUGAAGGCCGACCCGACCGGUUGGAAACAGUUCCGCGACGAGCGAGAGAUGGCUGUGUAUGCGUUCUGUAUGGAAGUGAAGGCCGACCCGACCGGUUGGAAACAGUUCCGCGACGAGCGAGAGAUGGCUGUGUAUGCGGUGAACGGCCGCAACUGGAUCUCCUACGAAGACGGCGUGUCGGCCGGCCUUAAGACGACCGCCAUUACCAAAGAGGGCUUCGGCGGUGUUGUGGUUCAGGCGCUGGAGAACGACGACUUCAAGGGUCUGUGCGGCGAGAAGUACCCCGUCUUGAAGGCCAUCAACAAAGCCCUAAACAAAGACCCAGUGGUGUCGCCGACACACCCGCCGCCCACCGCAGCGCCCACUCACGCGCCGCAGGUGUGCACUCACGAGGGGCUGAUCCGCGACCCGAAGGACUGUCACUAUUACCACAAAUGUGUGGAAAUGUUUCCGGGAAUCUAUAGCGACGAUAAGCUCGCCUGCGAUGGAGUGCUUGUCUUCGAUGAGAAGGACGGCAAGUGUAAGGAAAGACAAUUAGUUCCCGGAUGUUAGACAUGGAUGGCCUGUCAGUGCCGGCGCUUUACUACUUGUUUAGUGUUUUGUAAUGCAUUUUAGUUGAUUAAAUUAUGUAUUGAUUUUGUAA